CUGAAGCGCAAGGCUAACUAUCCCCUAUUUCCACUACUUGUCCACCUCGAGAUUUUACCUAUUUACUAAAAACACAAGUGUGUUAAGAUGAAUAUAGCAUAACGCAAAGGAUAUGCUCUCACUGAAUUAAAACACACGCCUCACAAAGAAACGUUGCUUCCGCAGCACAGGGCACUCCAGCAGCCAUGUCAGGGAUUAAAAGGAAAAUAGAAGGCAGUGAUCCUGACUAUGAGGACAUUUCGCUGGUCCAAAACAGUAAGAGAAACAAAGCGGUUGAACAUAAUGCCCGGGAAGCAGCAGUACAGAAGAUUGAAACCAUCAUCCGAGAGCAGUUCUCGUUGGAGAUGAAGAACAAAGAGCACGAGAUAGAUGUGAUAAGUCAGCGACUCAAUGAAGCCCGGAGGAUGAUGGACAAGCUAAGGGCAUGUAUAGUGGCCAAUUACUAUGCCAAUGCUGGAAUGUCAAAGCACCCAGAGCAUGCAGCUAAGAGUGACCCUGCAGUGCUGAACCACCCAGCCAUCCGCCGGUUCCUGGAGUCCCCAUCCCGUUCGUCUUCCCCUCUCAACCAAGGCUCUGAGACUCAUUCUCUGGUGCACUCAGAGUCAGAGUCUCUCUCGCAGCAAGGAGAGGGAGCUGACAGGGAUGGAGAGGGAGCAUGGAGAGAGGACGGCAGCAGGCAGGAGCUCAGACCUGGACGCAAUACAGGCAAAGAUACAUUUGGUGUGCCAUUGUCCAUUGGAGCGGAGCAGAGGGUGACAUACCACACUACCGGAAACGAGGCCUCUAGGCUCUAUGCAAAGAAGACAAUUGUAGUGGGGAAUGUGUCCAAGUACAUUCCCCCAGAUAAGCGGGAAGAAAAUGACCAAUCGACCCAUAAGUGGAUGGUGUACGUCAGGGGCUCCAGGAGGGAACCCAGCAUUGACCACUUUGUAAAGAAAGUCUGGUUCUUCUUGCAUCCCAGCUACAAACCCAAUGACCUAGUGGAAGUCAGUGAGCCUCCCUUUCAUUUAACACGUCGCGGUUGGGGUGAGUUUCCUGUGAGGAUCCAGAUCCACUUCAAAGACCCUCGCAACAAACGUAUUGACAUCAUCCACCAGCUAAAGCUGGACAGAACAUACACUGGGCUGCAGACACUUGGGGCAGAAACUGUGGUUGAUGUUGAGCUCCAUAGGAAUUCUCUUGGGGAGGACUACAUCCCUCAGCCCUCUUCCUCCAAGGUGACUCACAGAGCAGCCAGCCCCAUGUUGACUGCCUCCCUGACCCAAAGUUAUGGAUGCUCCAGUUCUCCCAUCUCACAUGAUCCCAGCGUAGACAAAGGUUUCAUCAAAGCAGAGACGGGGAGGUCUGCAGGUGGCCACAGCUCCGGCCUCACCGCUGGUGAACGGACCCCAACCCGACCCAAAGCUGGUGACAGGAUCACUCUGGGUUCCCAUGGUAACUCGGCCUUCCAGCCCAUCACAGCAAGCUGUAAGAUUGUCCCACAGGGACAGCCACCCAGCCCUGCUGAGUCUCCCGGAAAAUCAUUCCAACCAAUCACCAUGAGCUGUAAAAUAGUUUCAGGGUCUCCCAUCUCCACCCCAAGCCACUCCCCACUGCCUCGCACACCCACCGCCUCCACCCCUGUCCACAGCAAGCAGAGCUCUUCGUCAGUGCUCAACAACCCUUAUAUCAUUGUUGACAAGCCAGGCCAGGUGAUCGGCAUGGCUGCCUCAUCCGCCGCCUCCACAGGAAGCCCCUCCGCCAAACAGUCUGCUGCUCAAGGCACUCGCUCACCAGCCCCCAAAGUUCACACAGGCACCUUCCUCUCCUCAGGGGUGAAGGUUAUUAUCAAGCAGGAGCCAGGGGAAGUUUCAACACAGCAGCAGAUGGUUUCCACAGUAACCAGCCAGCAGCAACCUUCCGCUACAGCAGCACACCAGUUUGUCGCAGUGAAAGGAGGUCACAUGAUCUCUAUGUCGGCCCAGAAACAGGCAGGAGGGGCCACAGGGGCCACAACUAGCAAGAUGUUGGGCAUUCCGGUUAGCUCGACGCUCCAGUCUGCAGUCAAACAGGUGGCCAUCAGCAGUGGACAGAUUCUGGUUGCCAAGGGCAACCCUUCUGUCUCUAAGGUGAUGGGUGGGAAGCAGGUUUUGGCCCAGGGAGUUGCUAAAGCCAUCGUCAGUGGAGCCAGUGGCAUUUCUGGUCAGCAGGCUGUUGCCAAGGUGGCUGGUGGUUCAAGUGGAAAGAGUGGAGUGAUGGCUACUCUUCAGCUGCCAGCCAACAAUCUGGCCAAUCUGGCCAAUUUGCCUCCAGGCACCAAACUCUACCUGACCACCAACAGUAAGAACCCCUCGGGAAAGGGCAAGCUGCUUCUCAUCCCACAGGGAGCAAUCCUCCGAGCCUCCAGUGCAAGUCAGCAGUCCCAGAGCAGUUCGUCGGCAGGCGCUGGGGGCUCUCAGACCUCCUCCUCCUCUUCUUCUUCCAGCAGUCUGCCUUCCAACCUCUCCUACACAUCCUAUAUCCUUAAACAGACCCCACAGGGAACUUUUCUGGUUGGCCAGCCCGCACAGGGUUCAGGAAAGCAGGGAGGUUCCUCGGCUGGUCAUGCAUCAUCAUCUCCAGCAACUGUUACCCAGCAGGCCAUUCGGGUGACAGCUGGACAGAAGGCAGCCAUCCUAGCUCAGGUUGUGGGUGGCUCCCAGGGUGCACAGGUGAAGCUGUCUGAUGGCUCUCUUAAGACGGUAACAGCGGCAGCAGCGGGCCACUUGUCCAAGCCGGGGACAACCACAUUGAGGAUGACAGGCGGAGUCAUCACUGCCACUAGCUCCACCCCCAGCUCUGUCAGCGCUGCAGCAGCAGCAGCAAGCCAACAACAGACUUGCGAUGCCGGGAAGUCUGCCUCUCAGCACCACUCGCUCCUGGUGGCAGCCAACCAAGCGGCAGUAAUCAGUGCAGCUAAGAGUGCCAGUGCCGCAGCUGGAGGCAGCCUGUCGAAGACGGCUGUGGCUGCCUUGGUCAAGGGUGCUGGCAGCUCUGCCACACUGACAAAGAGUACUGCAGGUUCAACUGGAGCUGUGGUAACAGUCGCCAAAGGCAUUACCAACAUGCCCGUCAUGAGCAUGUCCAAGGGAGCGGGGGUGGGGACUGUGGUGGGUGUGCCCAAAAGCAGCGGCACGUCACUGGUCACCGCAGCCUCAUUAGUCAGCGGAGUGGCAGCAGGAGGAGGGAAGACGGGUGCCACUCUGUCAGGUAUGCUGAAGAUUCACUCUGGAGGUUCCAGCUCCCAGCAGACAGUCUUAACCAUCCCUGCCAACCAGCUCAAGCAGCUGGGAGUUGGCACUGGGUCUGGAGGGCUGCAGACCAUUCUCAUGCCUGUUGGGAAGGUAGUGUCUAAGGGCCCAGUCUCCAGUACUCCUUCCUCCUCCUCCUCCUCCUCCUCCUCCUCCUCCUCCUCCACCACCCCUGGCGCAGCUGGAGCUGGAACCUCCCCAAGCCCUGCCACCCAGGCAUCCCCCUUCCUUGCCCUGCCUCUGGCACAAGUAAAAACAGAGCCAGGAGCUGGCACAGCUGUCACAGCUGGUACAUCACCCCCGGUGACUGCUCCUGUCCCCACUUCUGUCCACGUUGCUUCUGCAGCCACUACAGUAAAGCAGGAGCAAGGGGCAGAUAACUCUGCACACGACCUCAUCAACACUGAGCACAUAGAGACCAUGAUGCAGCUGCUGACAGCUGUGGUGAAGAAGUUCCCUCUGAUUGUGCCAGAUAAGACUGAAGACUCCCAUCCAUUCUGUGCCUCUUCAACAGAACAGUAUUAUUCCUGGAAUAUUGGCAAGCGCAGAGCAUCAGAGCUUCAGCGAGCGGUGGCAGUAAAGCGGGUCGUCCAGGAUGUGCUGGACCGCUCGCCCCGUCUGCAGGCCCUCACCCCCCCAAAGACCAGAGAGGUGGUGCAGUGGUGCCGACAGAGGGGCUACACGCCACCUGACCUCGAGCCCCAACGCAAAAAUGACAACGAGUCCAUCGAGGACAUCCUCACGCAGAUCGACAACGAGCCUGAGUGCCCGACGACCCUGAGUAGCUGCGAGGAGCUGGUGCUGCGGUUGGAGCAGAUGCAAGCUCUCCUGAAAACUGAACCAGAGGAGGCAGACGACGAAAUAGUCGACAUCGUCACUGUGACUCCUCCCUGCCAGAAACUAAAGGUCAAAGAGGAGGAGCAAGAGGCCGACGCGGAGCCCAAGUUCUUCCUGGGCCCCUGCAUGUCUGCCCAGUUUGUCAGCGAAACAGCCCAGCAGAUUGGGGUAACCUUCCAGCCAGUCGAGGUGGAGAAGAAUGUGUUCGCUCCAGUGGUGGAAGCCAUGAUUCUGAAGGCUACUGAACAGUUUGCCAGUGACAUCCUCAGAGAAGCUCUGGCUGGGGCCUACGCCAAAUCCCCUCAGAACAGGGCUCCGAGAGAGAUCACAGCCAUGAACAUCCAUCAGGCGGUUGGUAGCAUCCCCACCUGUGACUUCCUCACCAACACACACAUGGGUUACCUGUCGAAGGACAACUGAGGCAUAAUGAGAAUGACAUUGACUGGUAACUGACUCAUACAGAGAUGUGACGACUGUCUGAACGGCUGGUUGUGACAGAAACACUCUGUGAACCGACAGCUCUACUGUGUGAAGAUUCACACCUUGAUGUAGUCUGUUGCCUCAGGUUGAGCAGUAAUAACUAAUGUACUGUAUUCAUUAACUUGAUCAUAGAAGGGCUCAGCUUGCUUCUCACAGCAGCCACACAGCAGCGGAAUAACAAAUGUUUCUAAUACUCGGGGUAUAUUGUAACAUUUUACUCCUCAUAUAUCAAGAGAAGCGGCAUUGUGGGACUUGUGUUAUUUGAUUUUGAGGAGCUGUCGUGCUCUUGCUUACCUCAUAACAAAAUUAUUUUAAUGAUGAAGUGUUUCCUGCCAGACGGCCAGCUAGUCGGCAAGGAAAUUAAGCCUGAGUGACUUACAGGGCUAAACAACAACAUCAGACAGCUGUCCCCUCUUCUUCUUCAUCCUGCUGUCAUUUUCCCUGAACUGGGAUCAAGAUUCAGUUUACCAGCAGAGGUAGUUGGAAACGCUGAUGAACAUCUGAGUAUUAGAAUUCUCUAUCAGUCCACGUGAUGGUAAUGUCUACUUACUUUGGGCAAAGCAAACAGAGAGAUUCUUCCAAAAGUGCUAUUGCCAUGGCAACCAAUGAUCCGUCAUUACAAACAUGCUUUGAUAUAUUUCAGUGUUACCUGGCAGAGGUAAUCAUGGCUCUUGCAAUACGGCUGUUUUCUAAAGCUGUUCAGAAGAGGCGACCGAUUAAUGUUUGUUAUUUUUAAGUUGAGAUUUUCAUCAGAACUGUCAUUAUGAAUUCACUCUCACUCUCAAUAUUUAUCUUCUCUCCCUCCCAAACCAGGUUUGAUAGCCAGUUGAAAGUGCUUUUUAAGUGUUCUGUUUAAUAACCAUAAUGUAUCAAUAAUGUAAUGUACACAGUGUGUAUGACCAAUAUGAAAAUAGAUGGUGUUUUCAAAUCCUGUUUUAUUUUUUUAUCUAAUAAUAAUGACAGCGAACAGUAAUGCCCCAACAGUAGAGAGUGUGUGAAUAGUGGAUGUAGUCAUCACAAUACGUUAAUGAAUUGGAUAGGAAGUGAGUGCUCGUGCGUGUCGCGUCGGCUGAUGUCGUGUUGGUAAUUCUGUUUCAUGUGGAUCUUUGCAUUAUGUUAAUGUGUGGACAGUUGGACGAGUGGAAGUGUUUGGGCUGAGUGGUUGUGAUGCUUGUUCAACCAAAUUAGUUUAGAAGACACCCAAACAUUGUAUUUUCAUGUUUCAGUGCAAACCAAAAAUAUAAUCAAUAUUCUUGUAAUAAACAAAGAAAAACUCUGGUUGAA